UUAUCAUUUGAUAAGGUUGGAAAUAGUAUAAAGAAAUUAAAUUACACUUCGUUAUUAGUAUCAUAUUUAUUCAGAUAAGAUGCCUUCUCCUCUGUUAGCAGAUUUUAUUAAUUUAGAAUUAGAAGCUCAAGAGUUAUGGCCUCAACAAAUUACCUUGUAUCAACCACAUGAAGUUGAGCAAAUAUUAUUACCUGACAAUGCAAAUUGUUUAGCUGUACAAGCUUUCCUCAAAAUGUGUGAUCUUGAUUUUCAAGUAGAACCAAGAAGAAAUGCAGAAUAUAUGUCUCCAUCUGGUCGUGUACCGUUUAUCAAAUGUGGAGCAUUUUUAAUACCUGAAUUUGACAAUAUUGUGACAUUCAUAGGAAAUAAGGGCAAGAGUUUAUCAGAUCAUUUAUCUCCAGAAUGCAAAACAGAUAUGAGAGUAUAUAUGUCAUUAGUGAAUACUGUUCUUGUAAAUGCUGAAUUAUACAUUUGUUGGGUUGAUGAAUCUACUUUAAACGAAGUAACUAAAGUAAGACAUGGGAGUGUAUAUCCUUGGCCAUUAAAUCAUUUUCUAAAUUGGCAAAAAAGAAAUGAGGUCAUAAAGAGACUCAGUAUAUUUGGUUGGUACAAUAAAACCAUAGAAGAAGUAUGCAUUGAUGUUAAAAAUUGUUGUACAGCAUUAUCUGAUAGAUUAGAGGGUAAUGAUUAUUUCUCUGGAGAAACGCCUACUGAACUAGAUGCUCUUAUGUAUGGUCACAUAAAUGCCCUGUCUUCAAUCAAUCCUUCUCUUCCUCCUACUGUUCAAGAAAUUGUUACAACUAUACUAGAAUUUCCGAAACUUCUUAAACAUGCCUCAAGAAUUGAACAGAAUUACUUAAAUAGCACUGUGAUUGAAAUUCCCACUUGUGAUUCUGAAAUUUGCACAUCUCCUUCUGAAGAAACCUUAUGGAAUUAUUCUGAAUCAAGCAUUGAAUCAUUACCACCACUUUCAGAAGAUUCUUUUGAACUCCUUUUUUUGAAUCCUUGA